AUGGGCAACAGGCUGGCAAUGACCAAAAGGCAACAGUGGGCACAGGCCGCACCGAGGUGGAGCCCGGUGGACACCGUCGCCGCCUCCAAUGGGCAACAGGCUGGCAAUGACCAAAAGGCAACAGUGGGCACAGGCUGCACCGAGGUGGAGCCUGGGCUGGGCUCGGCCCCCCAUGAACUGCCUGGAAUAUGCUACAUGUAUGACCGCCCAGGAGACCUGUCCUCCCCCUGGGCCGUGUACCAGUGGGCAGCCAGCGCGGGCAUCAUCUCCAGCCCGAACACCAGUGAGGAUGCCCAGCCGUUUCGCUGGGCAGAGGCCGUCGAGGUGGACAACACCGCCCUCUCUGAGGGCCCACCAACCCCCAAUGAUGACAAAGUUCCAGCAGCUGCCACAGGCUGGACCGAGGUGGACCCGGGGCUGGGCUCGGCCCCCCAUGAACUGCCUGGAAUAUGCUACAUGUAUGACCGCCCAGGAGACCUGUCCUCCCCCUGGGCCGUGUACCAGUGGGCAGCCAGCGCGGGCAUCAUCUCCAGCCCGAACACCAGUGAGGAUGCCCAGCCGUUUCGCUGGGCAGAGGCCGUCGAGGUGGACAACACCGCCCUCUCUGAGGGCCCACCAACCCCCAAUGAUGACAAAGUUCCAGCAGCUGCCACAGGCUGGACCGAGGUGGACCCGGGGCUGGGCUCGGCCCCCCAUGAACUGCCUGGAAUAUGCUACAUGUAUGACCGCCCAGGAGACCUGUCCUCCCCCUGGGCCGUGUACCAGUGGGCAGCCAGCGCGGGCAUCAUCUCCAGCCCGAACACCAGUGAGGAUGCCCAGCCGUUUCGCUGGGCAGAGGCCGUCGAGGUGGACAACACCGCCCUCUCUGAGGGCCCACCAACCCCCAAUGAUGACAAAGUUCCAGCAGCUGCCACAGGCUGGACCGAGGUGGACCCGGGGUUGGGCUCUACUCCCUACGACCCUCCCGCAAUAUGCUACCUGUAUCGUGGCCCAGGAGACCUGGCCCACUGGACAUUGUACCAGUGGGCAGCCAGCAUAGGUGUCAUCCCUCGCGCAAACACCAGUGACAAGACACCGUUUUGCUGUUCAUAUACAUGUGUUGUCCUUGAUACCUUGAGCAGCGAACUUAGGCAAGAAGGUGUGUGUCUAGAGAAUGGAGUUGUAUUUGCACACCUGGUGAGCACCCAGCGCAGCCUACAGAGCUCACAGUUCCUCACUGAGGCUGCAAUCUGGCCAUUCGACACAGAACAAGCAGUGUAUUAUUGUGCCGUGCUGGCAGGCCCUGUGGACUUCACUUUGGGAAUUCCCUGGGCUCCUGGCCAGGAUUCUUGCCUGUACCGUGAGAGGCCCCAGCGCUGGGCCUGUGCCAUUGAAGCAUCUGAACCCUGCAGUCCUAAGGCAGACAAGGAGGCAGAACAGGAAGGUGACACCUCGAGCGAAGCACUGCCUGAUGAGGAGGUGGUUGCAGAGGAGGGGGAAGUGUCUGGAGAUUAUAGUGGUGUCCAACACGGAACAUCCCAGAAGACUGCCUUGAAGAAAUCUGCUAUCCCCUCCUGUGACAUCUUUGUGAGGGGGCCUCACUGGCUCAUGCUCACGGAAGCUUACUACCAGGAUAUUGAUCCCCUGUCUGCGUGGCCCAGGGUCUUUAACACACAUCAAUAUUUCUUUUCUGAUGUGCUUCUUGGAAGUUUUGUCGUGAAGAACCAUUGUCCGUCCUUUAGUGGAAGUGUAACUUCCUACCAGCUUUCGAAGUCUUCACUUCAGAAGGAGCCAUCAUGUAGCAGCCUCCACCCUCAGGGUGGUUCUAUUGAGGAACCACCCAGUCAGACAUGUGGUAGCAGAGGGUGGCUCUUAUCAUCCACCAGAAUUUUAUUUAAAGUGCUAACGAUAAUCUAUGAAGGUUCCCGAGGAGGCAGCAACGAAGACAAAGUGCAGGGAGCAGGUGGCAGUGCAGUGCAGGUUUGUUCUUCUCAGUGGGACAGAAGCAAGGGCCAUCUUGGUGCUUGUGGAGAUGUUCAGGGAGGCAGCAGUGAUGUGAGGGCCUCCAUCAGCAGGAGAAAAGCGCAGAUCUGUGUUGGCGGCAAGGUGAAGCACAGGAUGAAGCCCGGAUCCAAGGUGUUGGCGGAGGAGAGCACACGCAGAGAUGAAGGCCAGACCUCCCAGGCCUGGGGUGUCAAUGGCAGUGGACAAGCUUCUGUUCUGAGAGGCUGCAACAUGGCUGUCCAGCAUCAGGCGCUCCUGGAUCUUGACUGUGUGGAUGUGCAUUGGUGA